AGGGCAAGACAUUUCCCGCCAUUUUGACUGAUGCUUGGGACUUGGGAGUUGGGAGAAGAUCAGACAGUAUGAGAGUGCUCUUUAGUUGCCCUAAACGUAAAAAAAAUGAUGCGUGAUAUACUAAUUUACGAGCAUUGAUGUCCACAGUGAGCUCAUGUUGGUUAGCUCAGGCUCGAUUCCUUCCUCUUCUCUACUCGUCUUCACCCCUUUCCCGCGUAUCGUUUUCUAUUAGCCCUUCUUCCCUGAGAUUCUUCUCCUCCAAAAACCCUAAACGACCCAUGGCCGAAAAGCGCACCAUUGCCGAUGUCCUCAUGGCCAACGCUCGAGCGGCCGCCGCUCGGAAGAAAGUCACCCGUCCUUCACCCAAGAAACGAAAAGCGCUAGAAGAUAAUGGAACUCCGACGACAGAGUCGGAGCUUAAACAAACUGAAGAACCUAAAGAACCCAAUUUGAAGAAGGUGGCAGUGGCGAAAAAGGGAGAAGGGCCCAUCAGUGUCGAAGAAAGGAUUGGGAAAUUGAAGAAGAAGGCAGCAGAUUUUGACCCGAAGUCCGCUGCUUUCUGGAAAGAUGGGGAGCCAGUGCCAUUUCUGUUUGUUGCUCGUGCUUUUGAUAUGAUCGCCAAUGAAACGGGGAGGAUUGUUAUUACGGAACUUCUCUGUAAUGUUUUCAGGACUAUAAUUGCUUCUACGCCUGGAGAUUUAAUUCCCGUCAUUUAUCUCUCGGCUAAUAAGAUUGCCCCAGCUCAUGAGGGUGUGGAACUGGGAAUUGGAGAUGCUGCUCUCAUUAAGGCGCUUGCUGAGGCUUAUGGAAGGAAAGAAGAAAUGAUCAAGAAACAACUCAAAGAAUUGGGAGACUUAGGCCUUGUUGCAAAAGAAAGCCGCUCAUCUCAAAGUGUGAUGUUCAAGCCUCCUCCUUUAACUGUUGCCAAAGUUUUUGAUACAUUUCGUGUAAUUGCCAAGGAAUCUGGAAAAGAUAGUCAAGACAAGAAAAGGAAACAUAUCAAAGGGCUACUUGUUGCAGCUACUGAUUGUGAACCUUUAUAUUUGGUUCGUCUAUUGCAGUCAAAGUUGAGAAUUGGUUUGGCAGAACAGACUCUCCUGGUAGCUCUAGGACAAGCUGCUGUAUAUUCUGGAAAACAUUCAAACCCAUCUUCACAAAUUCAGUCUCCGCUUGAAGAGGCUGCAAAAAUUGUCAAACAAGUUUACUCUGUACUUCCUAUCUAUGAUAAAAUUGUUCCUGCUCUUCUUAGUGGCGGUGUGUGGAAGCUCCAAGAGACAUGCAACUUUACUUUAGGUGUACCGGUUGGACCUAUGUUGGCAAAACCAACCAAAGGUGUAUCUGAAAUUUUGGAUAAAUUUCAGGACACAGAAUUCACCUGUGAAUACAAGUAUGAUGGAGAACGUGCUCAGAUACAUUAUAUGGAAGAUGGUUCAGUUGAAAUAUAUAGUCGAAAUGCUGAACGAAAUACUGGAAAAUUUCCUGAUGUUGUGCACUCUGUUAAAAGAGUGAAGAAGUCCUCUGUUAAAUCAUUUGUUCUUGACUGUGAAGUGGUUGCUUAUGAUCGUGAUAAACAGAAGAUUCUGCCAUUCCAGAUCCUCAGUACUCGUGCUCGUAAAGGUGUGUCCAUGAGUGACAUAAAAAUUGAUGUUUGCAUAUUUGCCUUUGAUAUGCUGUACGUUAAUGGGCAACCACUUCUCCAGGAGCAACUGAACAUUCGUAGAGAGCAUCUUUAUAAUUCAUUUGAGGAAGAACCAGGAGUAUUUCAAUUUGCAACAACAAUUACUUCGAAUGACCUUGAGGAAAUACAAAAGUUUCUUGAAAAUGCUGUUAAUUCCAGUUGUGAAGGACUGAUUGUCAAAACUCUAAGUAGAGAUGCCACAUAUGAGCCUUCAAAACGGUCGCAUAAUUGGCUGAAAUUGAAGAAAGAUUAUAUGGACAGUGUUGGCGACUCAUUAGAUUUAGUACCAAUUGCAGCAUUUCAUGGUCGUGGAAAACGUACAGGUGUUUAUGGUGCCUUCCUCCUUGCUUGUUAUGAUGACUCAAAAGAAGAAUUUCAAAGUAUUUGCAAAAUAGGCACUGGAUUUUCUGAGGCAACACUUGAAGAGUGUUCUCGCAGACUUCUUCCAAAAGUGAUCCCAAAACCAAAGCCAUAUUAUCGGCAUACAGAUACAGUUAAUCCAGAUGUAUGGUUUGAACCAUCUGAGGUUUGGGAGGUGAAAGCGGCAGAUUUGACUAUUAGUCCUGUUUAUUGUGCUGCAACUGGUGUGGUAGAUCCUAACAAGGGCAUCUCUCUCCGUUUUCCACGUCUGAUUCGAAUCCGAGAAGACAAGAACCCAGAACAGGCCACAUCCUCUGAUCAGGUAGCUGAGAUGUAUAAUGCUCAAAAGAGCAACCACUCUAAUAAUCACGAUGAAGAUGAAGAUUAUUGAAUAUAAAGAGAAUUGAAGUAUCUUAGAAUUGGCAGUUAUUAUCUGAGCCCAGGACUGCAACUCUUAUGAUCUGUAUGGGUAAUGAUGAUGCAAUUUUCUUUGGGUUAUAUUGUAUAUAUACAAAUUUUAACACAACUGCCAGGCUAAUCAACGGGAUUUUGCUUCGGAGUAUUGGAUGGGCAUUCUCGCAGUGACAGUCCUUGGAUUGAAUGGCCAAUCUCAAUUAAACGUUAGCAAGCCAAGCCCUUUGAUAUUGGAGGAAAUAUUUGUAAAGCAUGGCUAUACCUACUAAUAUAGCCAAUUCACAGCCUAAAUUCCAAUGAAUUUAUCUGGUCUCUGAUUCUUCGUACUGA